CAAAUUAUUUUCCAAAAUUUGCUUUUACACCCCUUCUUAUGAAAGCAUCUAGCAGGCUCAUGCUCUGGGACUCUGCCACCAUAGCCCAAGUUAUUCAAACCUACGCACAAACCAGACAGUUGAACAAAGGGAAGCAGCUCCACGGUCAGCUAAUAUGCGCCGGGUACCCACUAUGCACCUUUCUCACCAACCAUCUCCUCAAUAUGUACGCCAAAUGUGGAUACCUCGAUCAUGCUCUGAAACUGUUCGACACAAUGCCUCAGAGAAACAUAGUUUCUUGGACAGCGAUGAUCACUGGGUUUUCUCAAAACUUGAGGCUUCCAGAAGCGUUGGAGACAUUUUGUCAAAUGCAAAAUGCUGGGGAAAGCCCUAACCAGUUUGCAUUUUCGAGUGUUGUUCGAGCUUGUGCUUCUCUUGGGUGGAUUGAGAUUGGGAGGCAGAUGCAUUGUCUUGCUUUAAAAUGUGGGUUUGGUUAUGAAUUGUUUGUGGGUAGUAAUUUAGCGGAUAUGUAUUCGAAGUGCAGGGCGAUGAUUGAUGCUUGUAAAGUUUUUGAGGAGAUGCCAUGUAAGGAUGAGGUGUCGUGGACCACUUUGAUUGAUGGGUAUGCAAAGAAUGGUAAUUUUGAGGGAGCUUUAUUAGCUUAUAAGAGGAUGAUCAAUGAUGGUUUUGUGAUUGAUCAACAUGUUCUUUGUAGUACUUUAAGUGCUUGUGGGGCACUUAAGGCUUGUAACUUUGGGAAGUCACUACAUUCGAGUGUUGUGAAGUUGGGAUUUGAAUUAGAUAUUGCUGUAGGGAAUGCCCUCACGGAUAUGUAUGCAAAAUCAGGAGAUAUGGAAAGUGCUUCAAAUAUGUUUGAUACUGAAUCUGAGGGUAGAAAUGUUGUGUCUUGUACUUCUUUGAUUGACGGGUAUGUUGAGAGGGAUCAGAUCGAGAAGGCAUUAUAUAUUUUUGCUGACUUGCGGAGGCAGGGAGUUGAACCUAAUGAGUACACUUUCUCUAGCUUGAUCAAGGCUUGUACUAACCAGGCUGCACUUGAACAAGGAACCCAACUCCAUGCCCAAGUGGUUAAAUUUAAUUUUGAUACCGACCUUUAUGUUUCUUCAAUUCUUGUUGACAUGUAUGGGAAAUGUGGCUUGCUUGAUGACUCAAUCAGGGUCUUUGAUGAGAUUGGAGACCCGGCUGAAAUUGCAUGGAAUUCAUUGGUGAGUGUGUUUGCGCAGCAUGGUUUAGGAAAAGGUGCUAUAGAAACUUUUGAUAGGAUGAUCCAUAAAGAAGUGAAACCAGAUGCAAUAACAUUUGUCAGUCUUUUAACAGCGUGUAGCCAUGCUGGACUAGCAGAGGAAGGGUUAAAGUACUUCCAUUCCAUGGAGAAGACUUAUGGUGUAGUGCCUAGAGAAGAACAUUAUUCCUGUGUUAUUGAUUUACUUGGCCGAGCUGGAAAGCUUAAGGAAGCUGAAGAAUUUAUCAACAACAUGCCAAUUGAGCCAAAUGCUUUUGGAUGGUGUUCUUUUCUCGGGGCUUGCAGGAUCCAUGGUGACAAGGAGAGGGGCAAACUUGCAGCUGAGAAACUGAUGAAGCUUGAACCUGAAAAUAGUGGUGCACAUGUUUUGCUUUCCAAUAUACUUGCAAAAGAAAGGCAAUGGGAAGGCGUGAGGAAUAUAAGGAAGAUGAUGAGAGAUGACAAUGUCAAGAAAUUGCCAGGUUAUAGUUGGGUUGAUGCUGGAAACAAAACCCAUAUUUUUGGAGCUGAAGACUGGUCUCACCCUCAAAAGAAAGAAAUAUAUGAGAAGCUUGACAGUCUUUUUGAUCAGAUAAGAAAAGCUGGGUAUGUUCCUUAUACAGAUUCUAUUCCAUUUGAUAUGGAUGAUAGUAUGAAGGAGAAGCUUCUUCAUCAUCACAGUGAGAGGAUAGCUAUUGCAUUUGCACUCCUUAGCAUUCCAGCUGGGAAGCCAAUCAUUGUGAAGAAAAAUUUAAGGGUGUGUCUGGAUUGCCAUUCUGCAAUUAAGUACAUUUCCAAGGUGGUUGGGAGAAAGAUUAUUCUCAGGGAUAACAGCAGAUUUCACCAUUUUGCAGAGGGGUCAUGUUCCUGUGGAGAUUAUUGGUAAGGUUUCCUAGAGAAUUUUUCAAGUCAAUGCCCAGAAUACAUGAGUGGUAUUCACGGCCUAGGAGUUCUGGGUAACUGCAGAGCUUCUCUGACUGAUUGUUUGCCAUUUAAACUGGAGAACCCAUUCACAGGUGGUGAGCCAGAGUACUCAAUUUUCUGAUAAUUAGAUACAAAUUUCUCGCAUCCGUUUGGGCUGGCUCGAUAUCCCCAUAUCCAUUUCCUGAUUGGAUUGGAUCGUUCUCUUCUCACCAGUAACUUAAAUCCAUAUUGCAGGUGCUGGAAACACGAUCAUGUCAAUAUGAUAAACUUGGAUGUUUAUAGCUAUUGACAAUCGAUAAAGAGCAUAUUUGGAAUUGC